CUGCCCUACAAUUUAGCUGGUGGCACGAUUACGGAAAAGCGGGUGUCGGAGAAAAGUUGGUCAGCUGUCUGCCAUGUACGUCACCAAGAAGAAGACGAAGAUGACGAAGAUUUACAGCAAAACAAUCGAGUGGCCUCAAUCCUGAGCAGAUGGGCAGAUUCACAUUACCUAGAUAGCACUAGCACCGGUCGAGGCAGCGCUAUGACAGCAUUACUGUCAGCUACUCAGUGCCAACGCACAAAAUCAAGUAAGACAACUCCGCAUUUAAACAGCAUGAAAUCCUUACCGACGUUUACCUACCUCUUCCUUCCCUUCGCCUUUGCCUCCUACUCUGCCCUCACUCCAGAUGCGGAAAUCGACCAGGCUGCAGAAGGAACAGAAACAGACUUAUCUGACACGACUGAACUACUCGAUGGUGAGGAAGAGGACAAAGAUGUGAAACUUGACGAAGUUUGA